CCAAACUAACUCCCCCAAACCAUCACUCCCACUGGUUCUCCCAAUCCCCGACUCGGGUCGCCAACUCAGUCGCACCAGGGACUGAUAGAGCUUACUAGUAACAAAACCAUGGCUUUGUUAAGCCAGCAACUGCAGAGGUUCCUCCUCACCAAAUCCCUCGACAGCCACUCCUUCAAAUCCAACCCCACCAGAUCAACUAGCAGUGUCCCCACUCUAAAACCCAGAACCCGAACUUGCUCCGGCGCCAUAGCCAUCGAUGCCCAGUCUUCUCCGAUGGCCGACGUCGCCGGCGUAAGGUGGGGUUCGACCAGUUUGCAGGGCCCCCGAGAGGAGAUGGAAGACGACGUCGUUGUACGAUCAGAUGGGCUUGAUGGGUUUUCCUUCGCUGCUGUCUUUGAUGGCCAUGGCGGAUCCGCCUCUGUCAAAUUUCUCAGGGAUGAGCUUUACAAAGAGUGUUGUACGGCUUUAAAAGGUGGGCUGUUACUGACUGAAAAGCAUUUCAAUACCAUUAGAGAUGCUCUUCAGGAGGCUUUUCAAAAAGCUGAUCAAAAGUUGUUGAAUUGGCUUGAAUUGAAUGGGGAGGAAGAUGAAUCUGGCUCAACAGCUACGGUUAUAUUAAUAGGAAAUGAUAUGAUGUUCGUUUCACACAUUGGUGAUUCAUGUGUGGUUCUAUCUCGUUCUGGUAAAGUAGAGGUAUUAAGCGAUCCGCAUCGACCAUAUGGAAGCAACAAAGUCUCUCUUCAAGAAAUUAGAAGGAUCAGAGAAGCAGGUGGAUGGAUUGUCAAUGGAAGAAUUUGUGGAGACAUUGCUGUAUCCCGUGCUUUUGGAGACCAGAGGUUUAAAACAAAGAAAAAUGAGAUGCUGAAGAAAGGUGUUCAAGAAGGGAGAUGGACUGAAAAAUUUGUUUCUCGUGUACAAUUCAAUGGAGACUUGGUUACAGCAUCUCCAGAUGUUUUUCAAGUGGCUCUGGGCAAAGAUGCAGAGUUUGUACUGUUAGCAUCUGAUGGCUUAUGGGAUUACAUAAACAGCUCAGAAGCAGUUGCUUUUGUGAGGGACCAACUUAGACAACAUGGAGAUGUUCAGCUUGCUAGCGAAAAGCUUGCCGAAGCCGCUCUGGAUCGUCGCACGCAAGAUAAUGUCAGCAUCGUCAUUGCUGAUUUGGGGCAAACAGAUUGGCGAAAUUUGCCGCUUCAAGAACAAAACUUUUUCUUGGAAUUAGGCCAAGCUGUAGCCACCCUUGGAAUCGUAUCGCUUGGAGUUUGGAUGACAACUUUGCUUUCUUCAUAAGUUUUUGGAAGGAAUCCCAACAAUGUAUAGGAACCAACCAACAUAGUAAACAAAAUGAAUGUAGAAGUGUUCAUUUAGAGUUGGUAUGAUCUGUAUAACGUAAUUGUACAUGUCUCAUACCUUGAUUAUGUACACUACUCUUUGGUUUAGGUUAUUCAAGAGUAAUCUUGGCAUAGUAA